AUGGACGAGGCGUCCAGGGAGCUGGGACUUGCCAUCGCGGGGGCCUUACCCCGGUGCAAGACCCUGGAGCAGGUCAUAGCACUCCUGGAGCUGGGACCUGUUGUCCUGGGUGGAGAUGCGAUCGCUCCGGAGAUGCUGGCGAAGGCCGCAGUGCUCCAAGGCAUCAUGCAUGACCUGGAUGCGCAGCUGCAGAGCGUGCAGGCUCGCGCCCCCACGGAGGCCACAACAAGGACGAGUGACUUCCCAUUACCCAGCAGCCCUGCCGUGAAGGCAUACAGCCACGCGCUCCUGUCCAGCGUAGCUCCUCGCUGGCUGGCCCAGCUGGAGGAGAGGGGAGCGCCUGGCUUCGUGCAGCGGCAUUUCUGGUCCUGGUUUGGGAGGCUGAGCGUGAGGGACGCCCUGCUGACUGCCGUGGACCACCUCGCAGCGGUCCAGCCCGUCCUCGUGGAGUCGGCAUCCGGCCGCUCACGGCGGCACACAUCUGUGGCGGCCGCCUCCGGCAUCGUCGCAGCAGAGCUACUGAGCGCACGCUUUGGAUCCCCCCAGUCCUGCGUCGCGUCGGUGGCACGAUUAGUCGAGGAUCUGGCUGGUGUGGGUGCGGUGGGGCGGCAGAUGGCUGACCGCCCGGAGACCUCAUGCGCUGCAGGCUGCUCGGAGGCCACCGAAGCCGACCAAGAGCGGAUCGCCGGCGCGCUGGCCGCGCUGCCAGACCUGGCGCCCUCCUGGGAACAUGCCUGCCUGGCCGCGCCAGCCUACUGCGCCGCCCUGCUGCCCGCGCUGUCGUGGGCAGCGGCAUCAACGGGGCCGCUGGGCGCACAGGCGACCCGCCUGGCGGCCGCCACCACCCAGCGCCUGGUGAGGCGGGGCCACGCCCAGCCCGUCGGCGCGGCGCUGGCGCAGCUGGCAGCCGAGGCCCCCCUGGUUCCCUUCCUCGCUCCCACCCCUCCGCUGGCCUGGCUGGGGCAGCUGGAGGACGCGCGGGCGGGGCUGGCCGCGCUGCAGGCAGCGCUUUCCUCCCGGCGCGGCGCGCAUGCCGGGGCCGUGCUGGCGGCGCUGGGCGCGGCCUCACCCGCGCGCUCGCCCGAGACGCUGCAGCGCCUGCUCGGCGAUCGGAUGCUGCCCCCCGCCGCGGUCCGAGCGGCGGUCACGGAGCUGCUCGGAGCCGCAGGGCCAGACCCUGGCGGCAGCGCUGGUCGCCUGCUCCCCCUGGCGCAGGCCUGGGCGGGGUCGUGUACGCUGCCAGCACCGCGCCAGGCCGCGCUGACGCUGGGCCUCUGCGCCGCGCUGGUGGCAAUCGACGUCGGCGCGCUGGAUCAGGGCCCGCUGCUGCCGGCCAUCCUCGGCGGCGUGUCUGCCCACCUGGACAGCCCACAGCCAGAGGUGCGGCGGCGGGGCAUGCGCGUCGCGCGACAGCUAUCCCUGACGCUGGACCCGGCCUCGCCCGCCCUCUUCGCGGACGAGUUGGCCCUGGGGGAGUUGGAGGAGGGCUACUGGGAAGCCAGCGAAGACGAGGGCGAGGGCGGUGGGGAGGGGAACGAGUGCGGGGCUGGGCAGGUGGCGGGGCGAUGCUUGGAGGCCCCGCGCGGCAGCAGUGACCGGUCGCCCGCUGAGGGAUCCGGCGUGGCGCCGAGCGGUGAAGGCAUGGCACGCGAGACACCCCGGGCCGAAAGCGAUAGCGAAGAGGAGCUGGGUCCGCUGACCGGGACGGACUCCGACGACGAUGACGAGCUUGAUGACACGGCAGGACUGCCGGCCUACGACCUGGCGGAGUCUGACGAGGAUGAUCGCCUCGCACGAGCGCUGCUGCACGCCCGCCUGCCCUCCUGGGGCGACGAGGAGACCGCAUCGGGCGCCCCGCCUAUCCUAGAGCAGCGUAUGGGGGCCAUUGUAGCCACGCUGGGGGCGGAGCCGCAGCGUGGUGGCAUUGCUCUGGCCAGUGAGCUGUACUCCCCGAGCCUGGACACCCACCAGCGGGUGCUCAUCCUGGACGCGCUUUCCUCCGCGGCGCUGGAGCUGGCGGGCAGGGUGCCGGGGCGUGCCGGGCUGGGAGGCGGGCGGGGGCCGGGUGCUCGCGCUCGGCCGCCGUUGCCUGCGCUGGGCCCGGAUGGCGGUGGGAAGGUGGGGAGGGUGACGUGGCGCGCCGACAGGAGUCUGCAGUCCCUGGGGAGUGGAGGGGACUCGGAGGGCUACACCAACAGGUUCACGGUGGUCGCGCUGCAGUGGGCGUCUGUGUUGCUGGGAGGCGUGGACAAGCAGCACCACGGCAUCGACCUCUUUGGGCGAGACGCUUUCCUGCUGGGCCGCCUGCUCACCACCCUGGGCACCUUCCUGGAGGCAACGGCCGGGCACGUGGAAAGUGCGGGACUCACGUCCGCCACGCUGGAGCUUGUGCGCUGCGAGGCAGUGCAUGCGCAUGCGGAGCCCUAUGUCCGGCGCGCGGCGGUCCUCGCCGUCGCCCAGGCGGUCACCUCGCUCCCCCCCGGCAUCCUCGCGCGCGCCAUGCUUUCCACCACCUCGGCGCCCGGCGACUCCAUGCUGGUCCACCAGCUGGAGUGGGCGGGGGCCUGGCUGGACGAGGUGCACGGCCGGGACUCAGACGACACCUGCCGGGGCAUGGCGGAAGCCACGCAGAAGCUGCGUGCCCACCUGGCCGGCCAGGCGGCGCUGGAGCUGCGGGGCGCGGCGGGGGCCUCCUCCCUGCUGGAGCACGGCGUGCUGCACCUGCCCGGGGGCUCAGGCAUUAUAACCCUGGGGCCGGCGCGCGAUGUCAUCCUGCCGUUUUCGCAAUAG